GAGGAGAAAAAGAAGAAGAAGAAGAAAAGAAGAAGAGGAGGAGGAGGGGGAGGAGAUUACAUUGUGGGGAGGGCUGCAUGGAGAGCUGGAAAGACAAAACAAAGCCACACAUUUCAACCAACAAGCGCUGGUCGCUGUUUUGUUAACCAGGACAAAUUCAAUCAGUUAUUUGCAUCGAUUACUAUUUAAGGGCAAUAUUAUAAAAGCUUUGCAUCAUGCCAAGUAGCACGUCUUUGCUGGAGGCCGACGAGGGAGAGUCCGAGGUCCCGCCGCCACCAGUGCACGCUUUCGCCGGUAUGGGCCUUGAGGACCACCAGGGCACCCAGAGCCAGACCCCCGAACAAACAGACGAGAGCCUCUCCUUUCACCACCACCAUCUCCCCACGGUUCCCCAUUUUAGCCUCCUCGGUACGGUGCUAGACUUGAAGCCUCUGCCUCUGCAACGGUCGCCCUCGGGAGAUGAAGUGCACAUAACAGCAGCACCCGAGGACGAGGAGCCAGAAGUUGUAGCCGACUCAUCGAGCUGCACAGGUAGCUCCUUGCUAGCGCAGGCCCACCUUCACCGACACCUUCCAUCGGGGCCGGGUGGCUCCGUAAUGCCGUCCGCGAUGGAGCCGCCGCACAUCGAGACGGUCUUAUUGUACAGCGGUGACGAGCGGGAUGAUAAUGUGGUCGGCGGCAGCGCCCUACCACCGACCAGCGGCAUGGCGAUGGUACCGUCCAACGUGUACGGGGAGUUGGGCUACGAGGCCGAGUCUUCGCUGUUGAGUCGACCGAAGAGCGUCAACACCACAGAGUGUGUGGCUGUGCCGAGCUCCGAGCACGUCGCAGAGAUUGUCGGCAGGCAGGGUUGUAAGAUUAAGGCACUUCGAGCCAAGACCAAUACCUACAUUAAAACACCAGUGAGGGGAGAGCAGCCGGUCUUUCUUGUGACAGGACGUAAAGAAGAUGUGGCCAUGGCUAAGAGGGAGAUCCUGUCUGCAGCCGAGCACUUCUCUCUCAUCAGAGCCUCUCGAAACAAGACGGGCCCCCUGUCUGCUGCAACUGGUCCAGGGACCCCCUCCCUUCCUGGACAGACGACCAUUCAGGUGCGGGUACCAUAUCGUGUUGUAGGGCUCGUCGUGGGUCCCAAAGGAGCAACCAUCAAACGGAUUCAGCAACAGACCCACACCUACAUUGUGACACCGAGUCGUGACAAAGAGCCGGUGUUUGAGGUCACUGGGAUGCCAGAGAACGUGGAUCGUGCGAGGGAAGAGAUAGAGGCACACAUUGCGCUCCGCACAGGAACCUGCGGCGGCAUUGAGGCUCCUGGUGUAGACAACAAUGACUUUCAAUUCAACGGCACAGAUGUCAGCUUUGACAGUUCUGCAAUGCCAGUAGGGCUGGGGGAGGCUGGGUGGCUUCAUGCCGGUGCAUCAUCACCGGGUGGUGGCCUGCUGCCAGUGAGCAUCAACGGUACUCAGAGAAUAAAUAGCAAUAUUAACAGUGGUGUCAGGAUGUCUUCCACCUACCGCAAUGACAGCUCCAGUUCCCUGGGCAGCGGCUCCAGCUCAGCCGACUCUUUCCACGGCAGCGGGAAUGGUAACCGGAUGGGAGACUUUAGCCCGACCUGUGUUUUUAAUGCCAAUGCUAACAACAACAACAACAGCAAUAGUGGCAGUUUCUGGUUCGGCGAGAGCCUUCUUUCGAUGGGGUCUGAGGAGCUGGUCAGCCUGGGGGGAGGAGGAGGUGGCUCCUCAUCUGGAUUUGACCCAUUAACCAUCUCGACUGCUCAAGUAUCGCACCCUGGUGCUCAGCCACAAAUCUGGAGCCCCUUUCUGGACCACCAACCCCUUCAGGCAUUUGAUGCUCGUCAAUCUCAGACCAGUCAGCCAGGGACGCCCCGACUGUCUCCAACCUUCCCUGGGACAGAAGCCUUGGAGCACCCUCAGGCCCAGCGUGUUCAGCGAGGACCUCUUGGCUCAGUUGCAACCCUGGAUGCCCACAGAUUCCCCUCUUACAACUCGGCCUUCUCCUCAUCCAGUGAAAGCACUGCCUCCUCUUCCUCUCCUCCUGAAUCCUCCCUCUCCUAUCGACCGGGGCUGGGAUCAGCAGUGAGAGGACAGGAGAUAUGCAUCCACUGUAUGGAUAACCAGGUGAUCGCUGCUUUGGUUCCCUGCGGCCAUAACCUCUUCUGUCUAGAUUGUGCCACUCACAUAUGCCAGGGUCCAGACGCUGUCUGCCCGGUGUGCCUGUCCUCAGUCACACAGGCCAUUCAGCUCCGCAAUAUGUGAUUUUAAUUCCUUUACUUUGAUGGCUGACGAGGAUUCAACCUCCUCAACACUUCCAACUCAUUACAUGUGUGGGGAGAUUACAAAACUGACCCCAAAUCAGUGUCUAGAUUUGUCCUUGGCUCGGUUUUGUGCAUACCGGUGUUUGGUUGACAAAGGUGAGGAAGAAUAGGUGAAUAAGGAAUGAUCUGUAUUUUGGGCAUGGGUUAGGGUGUUCAGCCCGUUCAUGUGCCUGUUAUUGUGAAGUCUUCUUCCUUGAUUGAUUAAUUGAUUGAUCAAUGGGAGGGUUGGAAACCCUCUGUGUAGCAUUGGGUGGGGCGGGAUAUGCUCAUGAUUUUUGAUUUUUGUUUUCCUCUCCCUGAAUUAUUUACUUUAUCUUUUUUAAUUUACAGUUUCUGCUUUCCGAUAUUUUAUUACUUUUUUUAAAAAUGUACUUUGAAUUCUGUUAGAUACAUUAUGUCGGCUUAAGUUUUCUUUUGUCUACAUCUCAAAAUUUUUAUCCUUUUUUUUUUUUUUUUUUUAAAAAAUAUUAUUUUUGCUGCUAGAGUUGUUUUUAUGUGCUGAAAUAAGGCUCAGCCCCUUUUCCUCUAUUAUUAUGCUCAUAGUGGGAAACUGAGGAAAAGGACAAGAGGUGAGCAUGUUUACAUGAGUCCCACAUAUGAAUAUGUAUAAAUUGAGAGUAUAUUAAUAUGGUUACCACAGAAUUCGAAAUAUUAUUAGGCUAGCGACGUGUAUCUGUGCCACUCUAAAUAAGAUUUGAUGUUUACAUACUCUUAUUUCAUCAAUUGGAAUUUUUGAGCAUUGCUGAUCUUAACUACAUAUUGAUACACGCGUUUGAGAUCUCACACUCCACCAGGAACCUGUUGUUGCCUCGGGUUUCUUUCCCAGUUUAAACCCAACAAAGCGGACGGCUUCUUUUUUAAUUUUUUUGUGUUUUUUUUUUUUAGAGCAGUAGGAUGUUACACAACUUUGGUAUUGCCACGUUGCUUUCAACUUAUACUUUAAAAAAUGUUUACGGUAAACUUGUGCCUAAUUCCGUUCUGAGUAAACAAAAGAAACAACUGGUUCAGCGGACACACAGUGUUGCUCUGUCUUAAAACAAACUCGUGGCCUUUUUGGAAAGCCUGUAAUUAACUGACAACACAAUCUGCAAAUCCAGAUUUUGGCUCAAAAAGAUCACAAGCUGACAGACUGAGGUCUUAAAGUAUUUGUAGAAGUUCAAUCUCUUAAAUGAAAAUCUUCAGUGAUCUUUAUCACUGGGGUGUUUUCUUGUUUUCCAUCUUGUUGAGCCUUGUCGAGUAUCUACCACCCACUACUUUCUUUUUAAGCGCCAAACACUCCCUUUUGGUUAAUUUCUUUUUUCCACAUUUUUUUUCCUUCUUCUUUUUUUUUUUUUUUUUUUUUUUUUUGGAAACCAUGUAUUGGUUUUUAGCUACAAAGAUAUGCACAGCUUGUACCUUUGGUAACAUUCCUUUUCCCCUUUAUUGCAGACACUUAGUAGAUGGUUGAAGUAUGGCUACUUAUUAGUUAAACCUCACCUGGGAGCCAAAAGAGCUGAUACUGAACUAUGAAGACAGCUGUAAUCUGGAACAAAUCCCCGUACUGUACAGACAACCUGCCGACUUGUAGGUCAUCUCAGAAGUGUCUUUCUUUCACUUCAGCUGCUCCCACCCUGUCUCGUCUCAGCCAUUUUGUUUCCUCAUUGGUAAACAGUCGGCAACAUAAUUCCAUUGGGAUGCAAAAUAUUGAGACGGAGGACUCCCGUUUUGAUCCCAUGUCUCGUCUACCAGGACUAUGCAAGAAUAGUCUCAGUAUGGUAACUACUCGAGGAAGCACUAGAUAAAUUUAAGUCCUCGAGUUUUAAUUACUGAGCUCAAACAAUCUUGGGCUUAAACUCGUAGACAGACAUACACCUUUUGUUUUUUUGUUUUUGCUACAUUUCAGCUGGGGUCAGCUCUCAUUACCUGCUGUAAUGCACUGAUGAUUUUUUUUCAUUUGGUACACACUUUGAUUUUCAUGUUCCAUCAGCUCAUUCGCUGUUGACCUGUGCCCUACAAAGCGACAAAGCACAGACUUCUCCAAUAUCUUAUCAUACUUUUGAUUAGAUGUGACCCCAAUCGCAUUGUUUCACACGCAUCUGUCAGUUCCUCAGCCUGGAAAGUGAAAAAAAUGGUACAAAUGGGUGGAAAUCAUCUCAAAACUUAGCUUUAAACACCAGUGUCUCUAGACUUUGUUUUUACAGGACUGAAUGACGUUUCAAAGGGGAAACAGCUGGAAUGACUUCAUCUCAGAUUGUGCUGACACUACAUAAGGUCAAUACUGUUGCUUUACUGCGUGGACAUUGGACUGCAGACCCUCUAGCAUUCCAGCUGUAAACAAUAUUUGGGAGUUUUUCCACCGCUUAGCUCUGUUUCCCAAAUAUCGCCUGUGUCAAGGAUGAUCGAGCUGUCUUGAGGAAAUGGAACCAAACAAAUCCCAAAAGUGCAAAAACAAAAAACCCCUCUGCAUCUGUCCUCUCGGGUCUUCUCUCCGUCCUUUCAUUUGACUCGUCUCAGAUCGACAAAGGGUCGAUCUUUCUUGGCUCUGUUUCUCCCCCUGAGGGAAUGCAAUACACCGUCGGCCCUCAGUUUAUCGACAUGAAUCUAUUGACAUUUUUGUGUUAUGUAUUCUAUAAUAUUACUAUUAAUGACUGAUAAAUAUACAGAAUUAUUUUUAUUUUGUUACAUUUCAUAUAUAUCUAUACAUAAAUAUAUCUAUAUUAAAAUGUUUACAGUAAGAUUUUAAUUUUUUUUUUUUUUAAACUUUUCUCUGAGUGAUUAAGUGAAUGAAGAGUGGAAAAUCCUGAAAUGUUGCAGGAGGGUGUCAACGCUAUCUGCUUGUAGUUUAGUUAUUAGUUUACAGUAUUGAUGAUAAUAGUAUUGAUAGCUGCCGUUUAGCCUAGUGGAGGUUGGAAUGUGCAUCACAAGCAUGUCUUCAUAAUGUACCGGCAAUGUAAAACGUCACAACUGCAACUGUAAAAAGGCCAAGGAUUCAAGCUGCCUGUUAUGUCUGUACGCCACCAAAUUAAGAACGGUAUACUGUAAAAUGUAUCUUAGAUUAUCUAUAUAUAAAUACAUACGUAUAUUGUUAAGUUGUACGAACAGUUCAAAGUAUUUGCUAAUUUUACUACACUUUUGUUUUGUAUAUGUAGGAGGAGUCUUAUCGCAUAUAAAUUCUUCAAACUGAGUCAGGAGUUUAAAAGCAGAUUAUAUUUUAUAAUGGCCUUUUAAGUUAUUGCGGCCAAAGCACUGAUAUUAUAUAUUUGCUGUAAAGAGAAUUUAAGAGUUUUAUUUUUCUGAUAUUAAAGUUACUUAAUAAAGACGGUUUCAUUUAAAGCC